CUUAUUUUAUGAAGGUGUGUCUAAACUUUUUACAUUUGUUACUAACUGACUGUCUGCCCCGAACAAAUCAUUCUUUAUCUAGUCUUAAACACAUUUUUUCAAAAAAUGUUUACCAAGGAUAAAGAUAUCAGCUGAUAAAAUUUUUAACACAUAAGACUGGCUUAAAUCAGAAAUAACAAAGUCUGCACCUUUUUAAUUAGUCUGACAACUGUAUUAUUUUACAAAAUUUGAAAAACAUGGAUGCGUCCAACCGAUUUUACCAGUAUUUAUCGGCAUCUACUGCCUUGUUAUCAAUGAUAACAGGUGGAAUGCACUACGCUUGGCCGUCACCUUCAAUUCCCAAACUAACACAAAAUAACUCAAGUGCAUUUCAAAUUACCCCGGAGGAAGGAUCUUGGAUAAUCAUAAUGGAACUAAUAGCACCGAUUCCAUCAUGUUUCUUUAGCGCCAUCAUCACCGACAACAUCGGUCGCAAAAAAUCAAUUCUAUCAACCUCUAUUCCAUAUUUCGUUUCAUGGUUGAUAAUAGCUUUCGCCAAAUCUGCAUCUAUGUUAUGUCUGGCUAGAUUUUUGGCAGGUCUGUGUGACGGUGUUAUUUUCACAGUCAUGCCUCUAUACAUCGCGGAAAUCGCGGACCCAAACAUUAGGGGUUUUCUAGGGGCCGGAAUAUCAGUAGUGUGGAUUUUCGGCAUGCUGCUUAUCAACGUGAUAGGGGCAUACUUGACCAUCCCAGGCACAGCUGGUGUAAGUUCAGUGGUUCCACUUUUAAUGCUAGCGACGUUUAUCUGGAUGCCAGAAAGCCCCUACUUUUUGAUAAUGAAAAAUGAUAUCAAGCAAGCAACACUAUCACUGCAGAAGUUAAAAGGUAGAAACGAUGUUGAAGAUGAGCUGCAAAGACUACAAAACGCAGUCAAAACGAAUAACAAAAAGUGGAGCAACUUCUUAGAGCUGUUAACGAAGAAAAGUAACCAAAAGAGUUUGUUGAUUAUAGUGGUUUUACGAAACGCCCAACAGAUGAGUGGUCUUGCUGCUAUUAUUUUCUACACGAUAUCGAUUUUUAACGAAGCUGGCGAUUUUAUGUCACCUCUAGGUGCUACAAUACUUUACGUGAGCAUCCAGUGUGUUAUGGCUGCUGUGUGCUCUCUUCUUAUAGAUAAAACUGGUCGAAGACCUCUUCUAACUACGUCUUUGGUAGGUUCGGCUCUAACUCUGUUCUUAGAAGGGACGUACUUUUAUUUAAAAGAUUUUACCAACGUGGAUACGACUGUCUUUAAUUUUGUACCCUUGUUGGCUCUUAUAAGUUUUGUGAUUGUUUUUAAUGUAGGGGCACAACCUAUUCCAAUGUUGAUACAAGGAGAGAUCUUUCCGACUAAUGUUAAAGCAAUGGCGUCUUGUUUUUCUGAGGUGUACUGUUGUGUGGUGGCGGCUAUAGUUUCCAAGUUGUUUCAAAUCUUGAGGGAUUCGUUUGGGAUGUUUUUACCGUUCAUUGUUUUUGCAGGUUGUUGUGUUGUUAAUUUGAUAUUUGUGACGAUUUUUGUUCCUGAAACUAAAAGGAGGACUUUGGAGGAGAUUCAAGAGACACUUGGUGGGAAGAAAGCUGGUGUGAAGUGUUAGACAUUAAAUAAUAAACGAUUUUUUAAACAAGUGUAUAUUUAAAUUAAGAUACUUACCUAACGAAGCUUUGAUCAUAUUACAACAAAUGUUCAGCUGUGAACUACACUCACCGCUUCAC